AGGCCCGGCCCAAUAAUAGCAGCAACGGUCACCCCGGCCUUAUCCAGCGGGUUCAGUUCAAAAUCCAUCCGGAUCCCACAUUCUCUUCCCCAAGAAAUUCCAGAUCGAUCAACCAACCCUCACCCUCAUCCGCCGCCUCCUCUCCUCUCCUCUCCUCGUCGGCGCCGCCGCCCCCGCCGCCGCCGGAAGAAGAGAAGAGAAGAAGGCGAUCAUCCAUGGAGCGAGAGGAGGAUGCUUCUUCUACCCCUCUCCCCGGCGGCGCCGAUGACUACAUCCGCGACUCCAUCCACGACUCGCUCGGCCUCCCCGUCUCCGACCGCUCCCUCCGCCUCAAGCUGCUCGCCUCCGAGGACCAUCGCCGCCGCCUCCAGGACCACGUCUUCGUCCUCGAGGAGGACCUCCGCGCAGCCGCACGCCGCAUCGAACAGCUCAAGGCGGAGUCCACCAUGAACGCCGCGGGCCUGCGCCGCUGCAUCGAGGAGAAGGAGACCAUGGUCUCCGCCUACAACGACCUCUCCUCCCACUCCACCAAGCUUGAGCGGGAGUGCACCCUCUACGAGCGGGACCUCGAACGCGCCAUGGAGUCCUGCGACGACCUCGCUAAGGAGAACGACGAAAUGCGCGCACGCCUCAAUGACCACACCACCCUUUCUGCAUUGACCACUCAAGUUGAAGCUCUGCACAAGGACAAGGAAAACCUAAGGAUCAAUCUUAAUAAAGCAGAGGAGGAGGUCAAGCUGCUAUUCGAGGAAAACAAGAUUCUUGACGAAGAGAACAAAAAACUGUUGGCUCUGUUGGAGAAAGAGCGACAGCACCGGUCUGAGAGAAAGCAUUCCUCCAGUGCGUCCACCACCAAGCACAAGCGCAAAUCAUCAAGUUUGAAGGAUACGAGCCCAGUGGGUCGGACCAUCGAUUUCAAUGGUGCAGAUUCAUCAUCGAGGCACCCGCUUUCACCAUUGCCACCAAACUCCCCAGACUACAGGGCGCACAAGAAAUGAAAAUGAAAGCGACCAUCAUCCGCUGCUUAUGGCAGGCGUGCUGCUCAUCUGAUCCUGCUAAUAUAAAAACUUGCUGCUGGGUUCUACUCCAGUGGAUAGAACGAAGAACCCCCCAAGGCAUGACAAAGCCUACCUGAAUGCUACUCGUUCUGGUUGUAGAGUCAUCCUUUGGUCAGAAAACAACUUUUAACUUACUGUACCUUCCUAAGGCAAGUACUAGUAAUAGCUUUUUCUUGGCCUGUGACUGGUCUCUCUGUUCAUUUUCAUGAAUGUAACGGCUUACUCUUCUUCUUAUUAUUAAUUCUUGGUAGAGUAUUAGUAUUAUGGAGCUACGUAUGUGAUGUGCUGGUCUCUCCUCUGACCUCUAAUCUGCUUGUCAUGUAUGAAAUGAAUGCCUCAUCUCGAUCAUCUGGUUAUCAAUCAAUUGAUGAAAGCAUUUAUCUAUUUGUAGAUCUCAUUUGUAGUUGCAUUGCAACAUGUUGAUGAUAAUCCAGCCCAGAAAUUGAUCAAA